UACUCAUCAAUGGCGUCGCCGCUCAGACGCAUGGCAGUAGUGAUGGUAGCUGUGCUGCUCCUGCUAGUGCUAGUGGCACAGGGAGCGGCCCAGCUGCGGACGGGGUACUACCGGGAGACGUGCCCGCACGCGGAGGAGAUCAUCUUCAGGGAGACGGCCAGGAUCAUCCGGGCCUCCCCCGACCUCGCCGCCGCCCUGCUCCGCCUGCACUACCACGACUGCUUCGUCCAGGGCUGCGACGCCUCCGUCCUGCUCGACUCCACCGGCGCCAACGCCGCCGAGAAGGACUCCGACCCCAACAAGACCCUCCGGGGCUUCGACUCCCUCGCCCGCGUCAAGGACAAGCUCGAGAAGGCAUGCCCGGCCACCGUCUCCUGCGCCGACCUCCUCGCCCUCAUGGCCAGCGACGCCGUCGUCCUCGCCAAGGGCCCCUUCUGGCAGGUCCCGCUCGGCCGGAGGGACGGCCGCUCCUCCACCGCCGCCAGCUGCGCCGGCCAGCUCCCCCCGCUGUGCGGCAACGUCACGCGGAUGGUGGAGUCGUUCGCCGCCAAGGGCCUCGACGUCAAGGACCUCGUCGUGCUCUCCGGCGCGCACACGCUGGGGAAGGCGCACUGCCCCAGCUUCGCCGACCGCCUGUACGGCGGCGACGCCGACCGGGCGCUGAACGUCGCGUACGCCGACAGGCUGCGGAAGCAGUGCACGGGGUACGACGGCGGCAACGUGACGGCGGAGAUGGACCCCGGGAGCUUCACGACGUUCGACACGAGCUACUUCCGGCAGGUGGCGAGGAGGCGCGCGCUGCUCCGGUCGGACGCGUGCCUCAUGGACCACCCCUUCACCGGCGCCUACGUCCGGCAGGCCAGCACGGGCAAGUAUGACGGCCACUUCUUCCGCGACUUCGGCGAGUCGAUGGUGAAGAUGGGCGGCAUCGGCGUGCUCACCGGCGAGCAGGGGGAGAUCAGGCUCAAGUGCAACGUCGUCAACUCAAGCUAG